UUGAUCCUCGAGGAGGAAAGUUUCCAUCUGUUUGUCCAAAUAAAUAAACAUCAGUCAUUAUUCUGCCAAAGCUUCAGAUGUGACUGUUUACAAUGAGGACUUUGUUUUUUCUGGUUUUCCUGGGAGCAGGUCUACAUGGGGCGGCGGCUGUGACUCACUCUCUGAAGUAUUUCUACACUGCUUCUUCUGGAGUCCCAAACUUCCCAGAGUUUGUGGCUGUUGGGAUGGUCGAUGACAUUCAGAUCGAUCGAUAUGACAGCAACACCGGGAGAGAAGAACUCAAACAGGACUGGAUGAGCAGAGUCACAGCAGAUGAUCCAGAGUACUUGGAGAGGAACACUCGGAUCUAUAUGGGUGACCAGCACUCCUUCAAAGCCAACAUUGAAGUUCUGAAGCAGCGCUUCAACCAAACUGGAGGUGUCCACAUUGUCCAGAGGAUGUACGGCUGUGAGUGGGACAAUGAGACUGGAGUGGUUAAUGGUUACACUCAGUGGGGUUAUGAUGGAGAAGACUUCAUCUCAUUUGACCUGAAGACAGAGACAUUCAUCGCUGCAAAACCACAAGCUGUCAUCACCAAACAGAAGUGGGAUAAUGACAAAGUUCAGAUAACAAAUAACAAAGACUACCUGACCCAGAUUUGUCCUGAGUGGCUGAAGAAGUAUUUGAACUAUGGGAGCAGCUCUCUGCUGAGAACAGAGCUCCCCUCAGUGUCUCUCCUCCAGAAGACUCCCUCCUCUCCAGUCAGCUGCCACGCUUCAGGUUUCUACCCUAACAGAGCCUCACUCGUCUGGAGGAAAGAUGGAGAGGAGCUUCACGAGGGCGUGGACCUCGGAGAGAUCCUCCCCAACCACGAUGGAACCUUCCAGAUGAGCGCUGACCUGAAACCUUCAGCGUCUGAAGACUGGGGGAAGUACGAAUGUGUGUUUCAGCUCUCUGGUGUGAAGGACGUCGUCACCAGACUGGACAAAGCAGCGAUCAGGACCAACUGGGAGAGUCCUGUUUACAUUUACAUCAUUGUUGCAGUGGUUGUUCUCGCUCUCGCCCUCAUCGCUGCCGUUGGAUUCAUGAUUUACAAAAAGAAGAAUGCCAAACGCCCUCCAUCUCCUAUAAACAACCCUGAGGUCAUGGAGGAACUGAAUCCACAAGCCUGAAAGACAAACACAGCAGCAGCACCCUGAACACAGUUUCUGGAUAAAUUUUGCAACAAGGAGCGCUGCCGCCACGUUCUCCUCCAUAAACUGGGAUUUCAUUGGUUAUUCAUCCUCAUGUCAUACAGUGAUAGAAUCAGGGUUGGGAAUCUCGUCGUUGAUGCUUAUUGAUCAGAAUACAAAGCAAACAAAAAAAGUAGCUGACAGAUAUUUUACACAUAUGAUCAAACGUAAAUGGUGACAUGAAAUGAUUUUGAUGGUUUUGUUUCAAAUGACAAAGUGGAAUUUUCUUCUGAUAAAAUGUUUGAUUCAAUGUUAGUGAAUCAAACCAGGAUCAGCCUCAUUUUUCUUACCUGGAGAGAAGUAAAACACAAUAUUCAAGAAAAUGAAAGCAUCACAGCACUCUUCAUACAUCCAUCAUCAAGAUUUAUUCAUCUAAAACAAAUCAGAGUUAGUGUUUCAUACUCAAGGUGUUGGUGGUUUGUGUUUAUGUAAAUCUCUCUCUCUCAGACACACACACAUUCAUGCAUUCCCAUUUUCAUUUUCAUACAAUCUGGUGAUUUGAUGACAUUUACCUUAAGAUAGCACAUAUUUGACAGUAGAGAGUUUUCUGCUCUGUUUAUAGCGAGAAAGCCAUUCUUUAGCUCUUUGGUUGUUUUACACAUACAUCAUCAAAAAAAAUCAUAAUGUGAUUUCCAGUUGUGUAAAUAGUUUGUAUAUUUAUUUGAAACUGAAAACUUUUAAAGAUUUUGUUGUUUUUCCAAGCUGGUUGAAGCUAAAAAAAAUGUAUAUUUUUGAGGCUUUUCUUAGCAAACCAGGAGUAUCUUGUUGUUUUUUGUUUCAUAAUAUCCAUCUUUUGAUCUGUUGUGGAACAUUGUUAUAUUUUUGGUUUUUUAAAUUCUUGUGAAAGUUUUAAGCUUCUCUGCACGCUGAUAGAAAUCUUCCUCUAAAUAUUUCCUGCUAGUUUUUAGGGAGGCGGAACAUUUUUGUUUUAAAGAUGAAAAUAAAUUGAAGAACGAUGCUGAGACUCACUUCUUGUGUUGAGUUCAGCAGCUGAAUGUCAAAUAAAGUUGCCCUGAUGUUUCUUUCCUUUUGUACUGUUACUCAUGAAUAAAGUUCGCAAUGCUUCAAAUUUCUA